AUGAAGAAUUCAGUGACCUUUAAUGAUGUCCAUGUGAAAUUCAGCCAAGAAGAGUGGGCCUUGCUGGAACCUUCCCAGAAGCAACUCUACAAAGUUGUGAUGCUAGAGACCUGUGAAAACCUCACUGCUAUAGGCUACAAUUGGGAUGACCAUAAUAUUGAAGAACAUUUUCAAAGUUCUACAAGUAAUAAAAGGCAUAAAAGAGCACACACUGGAGAGAAGCCUUUCAAAUGUAAUCAAUGUGGUAAAGUGUUUGCACAAAAGAGUCAUCUCAUAAGCCAUAGAAGAACACAUACUGGAGAGAAACCUUAUGAAUGUAACCAGUGUGGUAAAGCCUUUGCAGAAAACAGUACUCUCUUAAGCCAUAAAAGAACACACACUGGAGAGAAACCUUAUGAAUGUAACCAGUGUGGUAAAGCCUUUGCAGAAAACAGUACUCUCUUAAGCCAUAAAAGAACACACACUGGAGAGAAACCUUAUGAAUGUAACCAGUGUGGUAAAGCCUUUCCACAAAAAAGUCAUCUCAUAAGCCAUAAAAGAACACACACUGGAGAGAAACCUUAUGAAUGUAACCAGUGUGGUAAAGCCUUUGCAGAAAACAGUACUCUCUUAAGACAUAAAAGAACACACACUGGAGAGAAACCUUAUGAAUGUAAUCAGUGUGGUAAAGCCUUUGCAGAAAACAGUACUCUCUUAAGCCAUAAAAGAACACACACUGGAGAGAAACCUUAUGAAUGUAACCAGUGUGGUAAAGCCUUUGCAGAAAACAGUACUCUCUUAAGCCAUAAAAGAACACACACUGGAGAGAAACCUUAUGAAUGUAACCAGUGUGGUAAAGCCUUUGCAAAAAACAGUACUCUCUUAAACCAUAAAAGAACACACACUGGAGAGAAACCUUAUGAAUGUAACCAGUGCAGUAAAGCCUUUCCACAAAAAAGUCAUCUCAUAAGGCAUAAAAGAACACAUACUGGAGAGAAACCUUAUGAAUGUAACCAGUGUGGUAAAGCCUUUCUGCAGGAUGAAGCUUCUUUCAUGAUGGAUGAACAAGAUACUGGUCUAUGA